AUACAAUUGUUAAAAGAGCCAAUUAAGUGAUGUUAUUAGGAUUGUUAUCGAUUUCAUCAUUGUUCAUAUUAGAAACGGUCGUAGUAAAAAUAAUGUCACAGACAUUAAUAUCAAUCUCAUAUUCAUCGUCUACAAAUCAUUAUAUAAACUUUACUGUUUAUUAUGCAUAGUUCAUUUGCCUAAUAAUUAUAUUUGCUAGAAAGCUCUAUAUUCAUUAACUUAAUUAUACAGCAGCUAUGUUCCCCACUGUUUGUUAGUAUCAUCAUUUCAUUUUUCUGGAAUCAGACCAUAAAAAAUGAGAUCAUAAGUCAUAUGAUAUGUCCAUUUAGGAAGUUAUAAAUUUAUAGGACAACGUAAAUCAAAUUUAUGAAUGUUUAUGAUGAAUUAGGAUGUGGUUAACAAUUCAUUAUCGAAAUCACAUUACAUAUCCGAUUCCAUACUUUUAUAAUAAUAACCUGAAUUAAAUCACUCAAGAUUGUUAGUGUUUACAGUAAAUAUUCACUGAGUCCUUUUUAUAUAAAACUCUCAAUUACAUCACACAAUGAUCUGUGAAAACACUGCAUUUGGUAAAGGUGACUGAUCAUUAUAAUGCUAAAUAGAUUAUGCUCUGCAAUUUAGUUAUGUUAAUGACAUACAUCCUCAAUACAUUAGAGUUGAAUCUUAAUAAAAACAAUGCGUUCAUUUAUAACGUCGAAAAUAACUGCUCAGAAAUUCGAAUCAUUGAACUAUAUAACGAUAUCUACUGAACACCUCCUCAUAUGCUGAAUAUUGGACGAAAUAUUUUCCAUUAUAUUCGACUGUUGAUAAGACAUCAAGAAACAUUUCGAAAACGAUAAUAAAACUAUCCAACUAUAUAUAUAAACAAAAAUUUUUUUAAUUUUGAUCAUUAAUCGAUUGGUGUUAGGUCAUCAUUAAAAACCAGGAAGCGCUGAACCAAAGGUCUUGGGUUAGAACCCUACGUACACGAUUAUGGAUGCGCACAGCUGAGGAGUUCCAUAUUAGGCCGAAACAGCCUAGUUUUUCAAUGAUGGUCUGACACCAACCAAUCUAUAAUUUCAAUUACGAACUUAACAAUCUGCACAUCCCCAUACUGAUAAAAAUUAUUUUAACGCUUUUCUAUCUUUCAUUUAAAAAAGGUCAUUUCAAUUAUCAUUUAUUAAAAAUAAAGUAUAUAAGUUGGAACAUUGAAAUGAAAUUAUUUUUUUCUCCUGAAACGUAGUUCAUCUUAUGAACUCGUAUGAAUUUUUUCGUAUAUAAACUAUCGAAAAUCAAUGUUCACUAAAAUUUACUGAUUGAUAUAUAAAAGAAAGUAAUUGUUCAGUAUAUGGGAAUGAUACAUCUGAAAGAUUAUCUGGAAUUUACAAACAUUGAUUGGAAGGCAAAGCAUACAUCAGUGAUGAUACCAUACUAGUAAUAAACUGAACAAAAUUUCUAAUAGCACUUGAGCUCAUUCUGUAUUUUAUCAAAACGUUAGCAGUUUAAAAAAUAUAUCACAAUAAGUCAUACAUCAUUGAUGGUAUUGGAUGGUUGUUGAAGUUUCGAUUACAGUGUCACCGAAUUUGAAAAUGUGAUUUAGUUUAUGGCAACUUAACAAUCUGAAGGUGUUAUGAGCGUUGUAAGACUUCAUAACAUCAAUCGAUUUUAUAUGAGAUCAUUAUGUCUACCGAUAAAAUGUAUUAAAAUAGAAUGGUAUUAUUUAUAGAAAUUUAUUCUGCUGUAUGAAAAUAGAAGUUACGAGAAGUUGAACUGAAGAUUUCUAUUUCGUUUCUUUCGGAAUGUAUCUUUGUUUAUGUCUACACAUUUGCGCAUAAAUACUUACCUGGUACUCAGUGUAUAAAACAUUUUUCAUUAUUCAUCUAGUUAGUAAUUCAUAAAAGACACCACCCUGUCAAGGUGACUGUAUGUCAACUACAUUCGUAAGGUCAUAUGUUUCAUAAUCUCAAUGACCUUCUAUGUUUCCGUAGAUGAAAUCCAUUUAUAAAGCUCGUACACAAGCAACAUGAAUCCAUGAGCAUAUUUACAAAUCGAUAAAUAUAAACAUGGAUCCGAGUGAUAACAUUUAGUGCUUGGAUGAUUCAAGACAUUUUGAAAGAUGAAAAUUGAAUAAUACCCAGAUCAAGGGUUUUGCUUGGUCCUCAUCAACUAAAUACAACCUUUAUUAUUUAAGAAAACCAGAAAUUACGCACACAAAUCAACAAUACUUUAAUAAAUGAGAUUGUUCAGAAAUGGAUAUGUAUCAUCAUAUUGGAGAGACGAUUUAAAUAAAGUCGAUGUGAUUGAACACAUGGACAGAAAAUUUAAUGACUGCAAAUAAGUGACAUAAUAAUUUUUAAGUAACUAUUUCAAUUUCCACUCAACUGAUUUUGAUCUGAGGUCACAUAAGGUAUUGCGUCUUUGUCGAGAAUAAAUUUGAUGACCAUAUAAAUCACCAUGUUAUAUAUAUGUUCUGUUAGGACACCGUUGAUAAUAGACCGUACUAACAAGGAUCAGCGAUUUUAUUCAUGAAUAAAUUCGAACAGAUAAAAGAGAUCAUACGGUUUAUCUAUAACUAAAUAGAUACCAUCAUUUCGGAGAAUGAAAUCAUCAUCACAUUAGUUUGAAGAGUUCAUUUUAUGAAAUAAAACCAGUCCUUGAAAUCCUUUUAGCAUUUAUACAAUCUAGAAUUGUCAUAUUUAUUUUAAAACAGCAAGACGUUAACGUUUUUUGUUUUAUCAAAGUUUUGAAUAAUACUGUUUAAGGAAUUCGUAAAAAAUAUUGGUUUUAAACUCCCUAAAUUUUACUUGUUGGCUAAGUGUUCUAAAGAUUAAGUGCUUGUUAAUAGAUUUUAAGGUCCUAUUUUCGAUACCUGAUGAUGUCCUGGAUGCAUACUGCCCAGAAGUUCUACAUUAAGGCUGAAACGUUGUCUAGUGUUUUUUGACUUUCAACAGUUGUUUAACUAAAAGGAUACCAUGAUGUUAAGUAUAACUGAUAUUUAUUUUACAAGGUGUUUUUACAUUUAUCUCGAUUUCCUUGUAUUUAUUUAAUAGCAGUUUUCUGUAUUAUACACUUUUAGAUUUAAUAAAACAAAAGUUGGCUAUAAGGAGAGUUAUCGUAAAUUGAACAAUAUGUGGCUUAAAUUCCAUGUAGCCAAAAGGAUUAUUAUAAUUAAGAACUAUGUUAAAAUGUUUGUGGACUUUUGUUACUCUUCAACAUUUGAAAAUCACAUUCUUGAAUAAUCAAUCUACCGUGACCAAUUAACUAAUGGUCGUGAUUCAGACCAAUACACAUGAUAAUGUUAUGGAUGUAAUUCAGUCAGAUAAUAAUAAAACAAAAAAAGAAAUCAAUACUUAUCCUAAUAAUUCUACAUUUUAUGAUUCUAGUCAUUGUAUAUCAACUAACAAUGUAUCCAGUCAAAAUUAUUCUACAAAUGAUGUAGACAAUCAAAUAUUGAUUGAUAACCAAAAUGAAUCGAGUUCACUUAAUAACAAUAAUGAAGAACUAUUAAUUGAUAGAUUAUAUAAACGAAGACAAUUGUUGUUACAACAUUUAUCUGUAGAAAUACAAAAAUAUGAACAAUUAUGUUGGGAUGAAAUGGCGAUUACUGGAACCGUUCCACAUGAAUCAAAUUUUCUCUCCGAUCAUUUCAAUAUUCGAUGUAAUAGUGAAACAAGAAAUCCAAUAAUAUCUACUCCAAAUAAAGUGUUAGAUCCUCCAAAUAGUUCUUCAGCUGCAAAUAGAUCCAGAGGUAUAGCAGCACGGUUGAAAUUUCGUAAUUCACGUAGAUCAAAGAGUGCUCAUGAUAGAAUUCCUGAAUCUCCUCAAAGAUCAUUUCAUGUGAGAAACAAAACUGAUUUAUCACCUACUAGAAAUUCACUUACAGAUAAUCUAAUAGAUGAUAAUUCAGAAUCAAAAAAAUCAUGGAAAUGGUGGCGCUUAAAUAAAGAUACUGAAUUAUUUAAUAAUGUACGUCGACGACAAUCAAUAGGAAUGAUUGCAGAACAAUAUUUACGAUAUUUUACAAAUGACAAAAAUGGACAUUCACGUGGUGGUAGUCUACCACCGACUGAUAAUAACAAUAAUAAUAAUAAUAUUUCUAAAAACGAAGAAAAAAUACCAUCGGAAAAUCAAAAAGUCAAUGUUAGAAAAUCACUCCAACAAGAAGAUAUUUUAAACAUCCUAAAUAAUCAUCACCAAAGCAAUGGUGAAUCUAGUCAUGUUCAAACAGAUCCAGCAACUCCUGACGGUCAUCUGAUUUUUUAUCAUAAAUCUUUUCAUCAGGAUCAAAUGAAGCAACAGCAACAACAACAACAACAGCGACCUCAUUAUCAAUCAAACGGAAAUUUCGCUCAUCAUGAGUCAUUCAUUCUAAUGCCAAGAUAUGUACCUGCAAAUGACUUGCAACGAAUAAAUUGUAGUCACCGAAGAAUUCGUCAUUUUAGUGGACAUCAGAUAAAUGAACAGCCUAUCUUCUUUAAUAAUCAAAAUAACCAGUUAUUGAGUGGAUAUAUUAAUCAGAAUAAUUUUGAUUCUUCCUACAAUCACCUUCAGACCUGGAACAAUACCAAAAAGCAAUCUUCUCAAACAAAUAAGAUUUUAACUAAUCAUCAUGUUUUCUAUCGAUCCCCAUCCUCGUCAUCAUCCUCGUAUACAUCUCAAGCAAAAAAUCCCAAUGUAUUUGAACAUGCACCAAAUGCAUACUUUUAUUCUCUUCAGAGAAGGAAUCAUUCUUCAUCGAAUACAAAAGAACAUCCAUUUGAAGCACCAUGUAGUGUUUCUAUUGUCAGUGGUGGUACUAUGGCUCCAUUUAUUGUUACUUCUUCUCCAAGAGUUACCACUACUACUGCUACUGCUUCUACUACUAUUAUAUCCACUUUACCUUCGACUGCACCACCGAUACCUCCAAGAGCAUAUGUUCGUAGACCGAUUGUCUCGAAAAAUGGUACUAAGUUAAUAGAAGAAACUGUGUCAUCAGAUAUAAUUGACAAAAAAUUACUUGAUACGAACAAAUCACAUAUGAUAGAAAAGCAGCAGUUUAGAGAAACUAAUAAAAAUAUUACAAAUAUCACUACACCUACUAUUACUACUUAUACUAACAAUAUGUGUAAACCAGUAGUAAAAAUAGCUGAAACUGCUAUGAAUUUGUUACAAUGUAGCUCACGAUGUUUCGAUGGAAAUGAUCAACAUCCUUAUUUUAAUUGUAUUAAUAAUCAACAGCAUUAUGUAAAACCUAAUAUCUUGUCAAAUAAUCAAAUUAAAGACAAAGUACCAUCAAAUCAUCCAGAUAAUAGUUUUCAUAAAACUUCAGAAUUGAAGUCGAUGAUGCAUUACCAUCAACAACAACUACAACCUCCUUUAAAAUCAAUCAAUCAUCAAUUUGCCUCAAAUACUCAUGAAGUUAAAUUAUUUAUGUGUAAUGAAGAAAGUACAAGUGAAAAUAGAAAGGAUAGAUUUAAAUCUCAUCAAAAUAACUGUUCAAUUUCUAAUAAUCAUUUAAACAAAAAUCUAAUGAAUAAUCAAAGUCAUAAUAGAAUAUCAGUUAAAAAUGAUCUUUUGAAUAUAAUGAACAUUAAAUUACAAACAUCUCAUCCAGUUACAAAUCCUCAUACUCAGUUAAUAUACAAAAAUAAUCUUAGUAAUAAUAUAAAUAAAAAUAAUGAACCUGUACAUUUUUAUCAAUCAAAUCCAACCAGAUUUACAAUCAAUUCUCCUAAAACAAUUACAAAUGGAUUUAAAAUUUCUCAACCAAUUUCAUCAUCUAAUCAUAUGAAUACACCAUCAACAAUGUGUAAUACUACAAUAAAUCAUUCUGGUGGAUGGGAAAUUAAUUUAGGUUGUAUAAAUAAUAAAUCAUUCCCUACACGUUAUUUAAUUCCUAUAGAUUUAAAUAAAUAUCGGCGACCGAUACGUGAACCCCUUGAUAUAUCUGGCCAGAAUCAAUCAUUUCCCUUAAAUCAAUCUCAUAUGAUACAUUAUUCUCAAACAAUUCCUAAUUCCUGUUACUUAACAAACAAUAAACUAUCCUAUUACAAAUGUCCAAAUGAAUCAAUUCAACAAAGCACCAUGCAAGAUGGAUCAUUGUGUGCACAACACUGCCUAAAUGCGCUUCUACAAGGCCCUUAUUUUACAGCAGUGGAUUUAGCUAACAUUGCCAAACAGUUAGACGAUGAAGAAGUAUCCCAGUUGGGAAGCAGUCGCGGUAUGUCUAAUUGUUUUCAAAAUAUGGAUGAAAGUGGUUACUUUUCAGUACAGGUUAUUAGCCAAGCUUUGCAGAUAUGGUCUCUAGAACUUGUACCUUUUUUGCGACAAUGUCCGGAAGCAGAACGUGCUAGGGAAAAUCCUGCUAGUCAGAAUGCUUUCAUUUGUCACUACCGGCAUCACUGGUUUACAAUAAGGAAAAUCGGGAAGCAAUGGUUCAACCUCAACUCAAUUCUUUCCGCACCUAAAUUAAUUUCUGAAACAUAUCUAGCUAUUUAUUUGGCUCAACUUAAAGAAGAAGGAAAUUCAAUAUUUAUUAUCACUGGUACCUUGCCUCGAUGUGAAGCCGACGAAAUAUUAUCCAUUUGUCCUGUUGUUGAAGACGACUUGACUAGAUCUUCCACAACUAGCACAAGUCAACCGGAUAAAAGUACAGAAGUGGAUGUCGCCUUAGCUGUCAGCAAUGCAGAUAUUGAUGAUGAUGACCAAACCCUACAACGCAUCUUACAAUCAUCCGAAAAUGAUGAUGAGGAACUACAACUCGCUUUAAGAGUUUCAGCAAAUGAGUACGAAGAUACGUCUGACAAGGAACUACGGGAAGCGAUUGCUUUAAGCCUUAAUGCUCCUAAUGAAUCGAAUUUUGUCGGCCAAAAUACAGCUCAAACUGACAUAAAUAAUGGGAAUCGAAUAUCAGCUGAAGAAAUUCGCAGAAAUAGACAAGCAUUUAUCGACAAACUCUCAUGCACACCCAGAACAACAGAGUAA